GUAAACCUGCUUUCGAGAUCACUACCAUACGAUCGAUCAAAACAACAUUAUUUGAUGUAGGCUGCAAUAUAUUUGUAGUCAACAUUGCCUAGCAUUCAAAGGGUUAUACGGUGUGUAGCGAUUAGGAAUGACAGCAUCUCUCAGAGUGAUGGUAAUCAUUGUUCAUGCUGUCUAAGGCACUACUCUGUGACGGAUGUUUCCACAGAUUAUGUGGAUGACUUGGAUUAGGAAAUUAUCGCGUAUUCUCUUGUCUUUCUUUAAUUGCAUGUUUAUCGUAUAACAGGUAAACUCGAGCUAUAGGUAUUUGGGGAUUUAAAAAGGGAUCCUUGUCAAUUAAGCAAACUCACGGAUACUGCUAAAGGCAAUGAUUAUUUUUAAAGUGCCGUAAAUAACUAUUUGUGCUCACUACAAGCAACCUUCCACAACCCCUUCCUUUUAGACAUUUCAUUACUACCUAAUUCAUCUACAAUGAGUAGCAACGUGGUAGCCCAGCGUCUGGUCAACGCAACUAACAUUUUGUUUCAUUUGUUGGAACUGCAGCCAUACGCAUUGGUGUUGCCCAUGGACUGUAAGACUGCUUCUCGCAAUAAACGGAAAAUUAUGAACAAGAUUAUGGCUAACAAUGGUGACAUCGCGGUCAUGUUUAAUAAAAACCAACCUAAUGCCAAUCAAAAUGUAAAUAACACUACAAAAACACAACACGAUGAUACAAAGCAAACGGAUGUAAAACGUGCUUUGGAUGCCCACUUCACGUCAUCUAAUAUCGAUGCGAAAAAAGGGCAUGAAGAUUCUACUUCACUUGAAACACAAAAAGGCGCUGUUAAAACUCGCAAAAGAACAGGCGGAGAUCGUUUUCUAGAUGAAGUCACUUGUGCUCAGUUAGCUUUAACCAUGGACUACAGCAUACCUGCCAACGACAUCAGCUCACCAUUUUUUUCGGUGAAUAACAUAAUUGAACGUUUAGAUUCGGAAGACAUGAAGGGCUGCAUUAUUAUGUUAGCAGAUAGGAACGAUUCAACAGCAGGAGUAACACCUUUGGCCGGGGGUAUAAUCGAAAUCAUCGAUGCCCACGAACGUAGCAUACAGGCAUUAUGGUUUAACCGUUCGUUAGAGGAGCGUAUGGACAUUAAAAUUCUGUUGAAAACUCUUGUAUUGCGUAUUUUUGCUCAUGCUUAUCAGAUGAAUCUGAGUCCGAACAAAUCUGCCAAAAACAACAAGCUCGUUUCUAUAUAUCAGAGUAUGCUUAUUGCAUUUCCACGGGAAUCUAUAACUUUUAUCGAAAAGGAUAUGUUACUUUCAAAACAUUAUGAGGCAAAUAACAUAGCGGUAACACACAAUGACAGCCCAAAGGUGCCCUGCAAAUGCCACAGGGCUGCCGCUGAAGCGACUGAGUUUUAUUAUGGUAUAUCGGAGACGCGCUUCAACAAUUUAUACAUGUCCGUUUAUGAAACUAUUUUAUUUGAGUCUAUUGGUCAGUUGACACCGAUAUUGCAGAUGUACCCCAAGGGAGCAAUAAAUGAUGCAGAAAAAAUUGAUCACAUAACAAAGGCUGUGCGUGAAAUUGAAAAGUCUUUGAAGGACCCAAAUGUUUCCAAGAAAAUACGUAAAGCAUGA